ACAGGACUCUUCCGGGACGCCAACUUUUUGAGAGACGUUGCUGGAAGCUGCUAGGAAUGAUGAAAGACGGAGUAAUACACACUUCUGACGUUUCACUAAGAGGAGUAUAAGUACAACUUGAGUUUGUCCGUGAACCUUAAACUCUUCUGAAGCUUCUUUACCGGGUUAAACACUCAAAUUAACUUUGAACUUAUCAUUAGCCGGAACCGGGAAGAGCCUCCCAGCAGCCGACUGGACUCAAAGUUUUUGUCAUUAUGAGAAACCGACAGAGGGGAUCCCACCUGGGCCUGAUGCUCCUGGCCUCUCAGGUGUUUCAGAUGGGGCUGAACAACAUCCCUCCGGUCACUCUGGCUGUUCUGGGGCUCAACGUUUACCUUUUCCUGUUCCCCGCUGCUCCGCUGAUGAAAGCCUGUGUGAGCGUCCAGCAGGCGUACUGGUUUAAAGACUGGCGUCGACUCCUCCUUUCCCCAUUUCAUCAUGCGGACGACUGGCAUCUUUACUUCAACAUGGUGUCCUUCCUCUACAAAGGAACCAAACUGGAGCGCCGGCUGGGAGGAGCCUGGUUCGUCUACCUGCUGUCAGUCUUCUCUCUGCUCACCGGAUUGGUCUAUCUGGUGCUGGAGGCGGUGCUAACAGAGCUGACCCAGGACCAGUCGUACAGCAUGGCCUGUGCUGUUGGCUUCUCAGGUGUCCUAUUUGCUCUGAAGGUGCUCAAUAACCAUUAUCAUCCUGGAGGUGUGACCUAUGUGUAUGCUUUCCCCGUGUCUAAUCGCUAUGCUAGCUGGGUGGAGCUAAUCCUGAUUCACCUAACAGCACCUGGGACAUCUUUUGUUGGUCACCUGGCAGGUAUCCUGGUCGGUCUGCUCUACACCACCGGGCCGCUGAAGCCCAUCAUGAAGAAAUGUGCAGAGUUUGUGACCUCGAAUGGAUCUUACUCACGGCCUGCUUCAUACUACAACUCUUCAGGAUCUUCGGGAUAUUCAGGCUACAGUGGUAGUGGUGGAGGAUAUGCAGGAAACUAUCAGUAUCCACCACAUUACACAACAGAUCAUACAGCACCGUAUACAGGUGGACUGACAGAAGAAGAGCAGUUGGAGGCGGCCAUCAGAAACAGUCUGAAUGACAGAGGACAAACCAACCAGAGAAGAGCUCCUCCUCCGUAUGGUUUCAACCUCCCUGACGAGGCCACAGAUGAGGAAAUCAGGUGGAGGAGACUGAGGAGGUUUGACAGCUGAGCUGCCAGACAGCAACAGCAGGACAGAAGAAAAAUGCUUUGUUGAUGAGACGCAGAAAGUCUGGUCCAAACUCUGCUUCCACAGACUGAUAAGGAGCGUUCUAAAUGAGAAGGUUUAACCACACAGCCUCACACAUUUUAGAGCUCUUUCACUGGGUGGUUCUGUUCGUUAGCGUGGCCCUGAGCUUUAGCUGGUAAGCUGUGAAGGGUACAAUGUAUGUAUCGAUGCUGAAGUUGUCUUUGCAAGUUCUCAUGUGGGAUUUAUGGGCAAAGUUCCAACGUAAUGGUAAUUGUGAAAUAGUUAGUAGCCAUCCUAGUACUUUAAAUGCUGUUUAAUGUUUAAAAUGUAUUUGUGAAUCUGAGAAAUACCAAAUAUUGGUGGAACACUGCUAUAUUCAGACCUGUCAAACUUGUUGGAUUGAUGAUGAGGAUUUCAAAGGUAUUGUUUAAACAGCACUGAACACUUAAUACGAAAUGUAGUGAAAACAGAUGGAACAUAGGAGAAUGAAGUAAGAGUGUUUGUCCUUUAAAUUUACCCUGAAGCUCAAAAAACUGUAAAGUGAUGUGAUUGGAAAAUACUGUGACUCUUAAACAGCUCGAUACAGAAGCUAACAUGGAAGCGAGGAGGGCUUCUAAUGUCAUCAGUUCUGUUCUUCAUUUACUCAACUUCAAAAUUCAAUAUUGAGGGAAAAACUGGGGAAAUAUAACUGGAAUUAAAAUUUUAAAGGACUUUUUCCCCCUCUGAAAUGUUAAAUCUGAACCGGCCAGUAUUUUCAAAGCAGGUUCAGCAGAAAUACACCAACAACACCCACAUGACAUCUUGACUCAUUCUUUUUUUUUUUUUUAAGAUCAGCCUUUUUAGAUUACCAAAACAUACUCUCCUGUUACUAUGGGUGAUGAAUGCUCUACAUUAAAAGGUAAACAUCUGUUUUCAUAUAGCCCCAAUGUGUCUGGUAAUCUGUAAUAAAUGUUCUUUUUAAGCUCA